AGACUUGGUCGAUUGCUUCUGCCUGGGCGGUACCGCCAGAAAUCGACUGCUCCUGUCUGGCGCGUCCCCGGGCGCGGGAAACAAGUUUCAAUCCACUCCCCUGACCCUAACCAUCCUGCCCGAUCUCCGCCUCUCCGUCUUCUACACCCCUAACUCUCCGAGGCUCCUCCGAAUCACUCAAGUGGAAUCGGUGAAGCUCAAGUAGCCGCCAUGUCCGAAGCUUAUUUCCGAGUGGAGUCGGGUGCUCUGGGGCCUGAGGAGAACUUUCUUUCUUUGGACGACAUCCUGAUGUCCCACGAGAAACUCCCAGUGCGCACGGAGACCGCCAUGCCUCGCCUCGGUGCAUUCUUCCUGGAGCGGAGCGGAGACGCAGAGACUGACAACGCGGUCCCGCAGGGUUCCAAGCUUGAACUCCCCUUGUGGCUGGCAAAAGGACUUUUUGACAACAAGCGACGGAUCCUUUCUGUGGAACUCCCCAAGAUCUACCAGGAGGGCUGGAGGACCGUGUUCAGCGCGGAUGCCAAUGUGGUGGACCUCCACAAAAUGGGGCCCCACUUCUACGGGUUCGGCUCCCAACUCCUGCAUUUUGACGGUCCUGAGAAUGCAGACAUUUCCCAGUCUCUGCUGCAGACUUUUAUCGGACGUUUUCGCCGCAUCAUGGACUCCUCCCAGAAUGCUUACAAUGAGGACACUUCCGCGUUGGUAGCCAGGCUAGACGAGAUGGAGAGGGGCUUAUUUCAAACAGGUCAGAAAGGACUGAAUGACUUUCAGUGCUGGGAGAAGGGGCAGGCUUCUCAGAUCACGGCUUCCAGCCUCGUUCAGAAUUAUAAGAAGAGAAAAUUCACUGAUAUGGAAGACUGAAGGCCAGAGCACAGAAUGGCUCCUUGUAGACGUAUCCCUCCCUGUGUUCUUGAUAGGAGCUGGUUGACCUUGUACAGAAGCAGAAUCCUGUCCCAUUUCAUGGCUUAAUUCCUGUGGCCAUAGGAAUUAUAGGGAACUGGACAUGCUGGAGGAUGUGGAUAUCCCUGCCUCUAUGAGUCUCCCAGGACCGUCCCACUCCGCUGACCCACAGCCCAGGCCCGUUAACCCAAAAACCCGCAGCCAAAGAGAAAUCGAAGUCCUCCUAAUUAAGGAUCACUGCCAUAUAACAUACCAUAGUAGAGUUGCAACUGGGAUUCCUUGUGUCUAGGAGUUUGGACAGCUUCAGAGGUACAGUUUCACUAGCCACAAAGCACAGGUACAAAUUGGGUCAUCUUUGCCCAUUUACAAAAUGUUCUCUUAUCUCAUUUGCCUCAUCUUCCUCAUGGUUGUACAGAGGAUAGCACCCCACCAUGCUGGCCUGACUUGUAACUAUCUAUUGCUGCCUGCCUGCAGGGAGUUACCCCAGUUUCCAGAAACAGUCAGCAAGAUAAAAGGAGGAAAAGGGAAAGGCAGAUGAACAGCAUGGCUUUUACUGAAGCAAAGACGCUGGCCUCAUACUCUCCACUUAGAGCUUAAUGAACUGGAGUCUGCAUAGCUCAGCAGUCAGCCCAGAAGGGAAAUGGUUAAACUGGGCUUGUUUUUGCCUCGGAGAGCCUAAGAACACCUGCACACUUAUUCCACUCCCUGUCUAGAAAAGCUGUCAGGGAGUCGUUUGGAAUUGCAAAGUAGUUAUUAAGGAGUGUUCACCAGCCUACGUUACAUCCCAAAGUCAAGACUUGAUAGCUGACUAUGAAAGGCCCUGUUUUCAAAACCUAACAUUGCAGAUGUAAGUGGGCAAGGAGCCUCCACUGUGCUUUUUUUACCUCUUCAGUAAAUGUUGCGACAUUAUUGCAUAGAAGAUCCCUGACCAUUUGUUAGGAUCCUGGUUAAGCAAGCACAAAUCUCUUUUCCCGGACAUCAAGGAUGCAGCCUCAGGUUGAGAAAGAAACAGCGUUCCCUGAGCCGGUGAGACUGUUCGCAGGCAUCGGUGCUUCCCCUCUGACACCCUACAACUAGCAAAGAUUGCCUUUGUCGUUGGGAAUUAUGAAGGGAUUUGGGUAUCCAGAUUGUGCAGAUGCAAACUUAGAUUGUCAAUGCCAACUUAGAACCACAGAAAUGCUUUUAAAAUGCCCGUUUUAAGUUGGAAUUGAUAUUUUUAUAAUUUGAUUUUAGUGCUAAAUAAAUAAUUGGCUUUGUACAUGAAUAUGUUCUGUAUAAGUAUUCUUUCUGUCACUCUGGUAUUACCGAUCAUCAGCAAAGCUAUCAGAAUUUUGCCUUUGAUCGUAUUUGACAGUAAUGCACAAAUCCAUGUUUUAGCA